UUUCCCGAUUUGGAUAUAAAAAUCGCCCCGUCCAAUUUUGGUCAAAACGAAAUCGUCUGAGUUGCAACUAACUACUUCUAGUCCGAAUACAAUUGUGCCUUAUUUAGACAACGAUGUCUGCUGAAUUCAGCAACGAUAAGGUGUUUUCACCAAGAACUGAGAUAAACUUCAGCUCUUCUUCAUCUUACUCGUCCAGAUCCUCAGUGUCUAGGGCUGGGUCGGUGUCAGAGAUAGACUUCUUGGAUGCAGACUACAGCGAUGUUUUUACCAAAGAAAAUUCACCAGCCGUCAACGCUUCCCCCAAACAGACGACAGAAACCUCUACAACGAAGCGCAAACGCUAUAACAAGUCCAGGAAAAGAGACAGAAGUCCGGCAUUGGUGGAGAAAAUCAAGAAGACCAGGAGAGUAAAAGCAAACGACAGAGAGCGAAACCGCAUGCACGGACUGAACGACGCGCUGGAGAGUCUGAGGAAAGUCCUUCCGGAGAGUGCCACAGGGGACAACAAACUGACAAAGAUCGAGACCCUUAGGAUGGCGUACAACUACAUAUGGACUCUGUCAAAGACCCUGGAACUUCUGGAGAAAAUUCCCGACCAGGACGGAGUUCCUGACACUCAAAUGUUGGUUAGUUCCGGACUGAAGCAGGAGGUGGGUCCGGCGCCGUGUGCCGUGAGCGAUAAACAUAGCCGGUGUUAUAACGACUUUGUGCCACCGACCAGUGAACCCAUCAGUGGACACUUUGUGGACUUCAUGGCCAACAGAGUGCUACCGCAAGGGAACAGUGUUCAAACUACAAACAACGUCGUCUUCCAUUCUCUGUUUCCGUCUUACCCCACGUCCCCGGAAAGCCUCACCAGCAGCUCCCCUGUCACCUCACCCCUCUCCACGUAUUCCGAGGCCUCUCCGAUUCAUUCCAACAUGGUCUGCGGACAUCGUGCCUGGAACAAUACAAUGUACAAUGGACGCCUCCAGUCCGCGACGGCCGAGGAAUUCUCGGAUACUUCCGAGGGCUAUUCCUACGAGAUGUUUCCGUGAUCCCGGACUUUAUGCAGACAGCAAAUUGUGAUAUUUUUGUAAAUUAUUGUAUUUAAAAUAUGAGAGAAGCAUUACAUGUAUGAAUAUAUUUUUCGAUUUGAAUAUAUAUUUUAUUAACUGAA